CAACUGCAGCAUUUUGCUUCUGAGAGUGGACUGGCCUUAUGCGCUGGCAGAGAAAACUACGACUCCCAGCACGCCAGGGUGGCGGGCGAGCAUGUGCGAUGGCGGUUGUUUCCGGUGGGGGAGGCGGAAGUGAGGUAGGUAAACAGUCUGGCGGUUGCGGUGUGCACCUGCGAGGACGAUGGCCGCUUUGAAGUAUGCGGGGCUGGACGACACCGACAGUGAGGAUGAACUGCCUCCUGGCUGGGAGGAGAGGACCACAAAAGACGGCUGGGUUUACUACGCCAAGUUUGGCCAAGAUUUUAAGAUUGAAAAUCAUGAUAAUUCGAGAAGCCAGAUGAAAGAUAUCACUUUCUGGAAGGUUGCAAAGGAACAUCACACCUUUAGGCGAAAUACAGCAGCAGAUUUGCCAUAUGGUUGGGAACGAGAAACAGAUGAUAAUGGUCAAGUGUACUUUGUUGAUCAUAUAAAUAAAAGGACCACGUACCUGGAUCCACGCUUAGCAUUUACUGUUGAAGAAGCAUCUGAAAAACCAAAUAUUCGGCAGAGAUAUGAUGGAAACAGUGCUGCAAUGGAAAUUCUACACGGUCGAGACCUAAGUGGCAAAGUUGUUAUUGUCACUGGAGCCAACUCAGGGAUUGGUUUUGAGACUGCACGCUCUUUAGCUUUGCAUGGAGCCCAUGUUGUCCUAGCCUGCAGAAAUCGAGCUCGAGGCAAUGAGGCCACACAACAGAUACUGGACGAAUGGCAUAAAGCCAAGGUAGAAACUAUGACUUUGGAUUUAUCUUCCCUGAGAAGUGUUGAACAAUUUGCAGAAGCUUACAAGACUAGAAACCUGUAA